GGUGGAGGGCGAGCUCCGGCGAUGGCGGUCAGAGAACGAGCAGCGCAGGAGGAUGGCGAUGGUGGCCAAUCUCACCGCCGCGACGCCGGUUCCACAGCGCAAUGGCGAUGCUUCUCCAGCGACGAUCUUGGCGUCGAGCGUCUCGAUCGCUCAUCCGGAGGCCAAGAAUGACGGGAAUGGGAGGAGAUUCUCGUCGAGCUCUCGCGAGAUUGCACGGUCGGCAACGAUCGAGGAGGGGCGGCGAUCGUCCGGGGAAUCGCUCGCUCAGGUGCUCCAGAUCAAAUUGCCCGACGCUAGCGGGGGCAGAUCGAAGAAUCUGGAGCAAAUCGUGGUGGAGAGCGCGGAAAUCAAGAAGAAGAAGCUCAGGCUCCUCGCGCGACUGGGGGCCAUAUUUACCGCGCGAAAGAAGCACACUUGACCUAGAAUUCAAACGUUUAAAUUCUAAUUUGAUUUUGUCCAUGUCACGUGCCACGCAGGAUAUUUUUGUCCAUGUCAGCCAUGUCAUAGGUAGGUUCUUUCGGGAAUGUCAGGAUGUGGAUGAGAAGCAAGGAGCGAUGGCGUGCGCGUUGCUCCAAUACGUUUCUCCCAGCUUCUCUACGGCAAGAAAUCGAUGCGCCGAGGCGGCGGCGUCGCCAGCGUCGCCAGCGUCGAUUCAGGUAAGCACGGAUGGAAAGUCGAGCGGCAUUCCUCACAGGCAGCUCCAUUUGUCGACAGCGAGGAAGCUCGCUAGAUCCGAGAGCUUGCAGCAGGACGUGCUCGACCUCCUCGGGCUCCUCCAAUCGGGCAGUAAUAUCCGCGAGCGCCUCGAGCAAUGGCGAGGGACUCUCCAGCCCGCGGUGGUGUCUAGGGUAUUGCAGCGGCUCAAGGAUCCACAGACCGCCAUCGUCUUCUUCGUGUGGGCCGGGGAUAGGGGAUUCAAGCACAGCACAUUUACCAGGAACUGCUUCCUCCAGACUCUACUCGAGAAUGGCGCCAGCGAUCGCAUUCCAGCGAUGUUUGAGAGGAUGCUGGACGCUGGCUAUGCCCCGGAUUCCUACACGUAUCAUCUCGUCAUCAAGAGCUUGUGCCAGAUGAACCAAAUUGACAAGGCUUUCACGAUGCUAGACAAGGCAAAAGUUCGAGGAUUCAAGCCAGAGGUCUCGGUUUACACGAUACUCACCAGAGCUUUUUGCAAAACUGGCCGGCUCAAGGACGCUCUAGAGAUCUUCCGGAACAUACCAUCGCCAGACGCCAUUGCUUACAACGCUAUCAUCCAUGGGCACUGCAGGAAGAAUGACUGCGAUGGAGCUCUUGAGUUUCUCAAAGAGAUGAACGAGAGGAAGGUGGCACCGGACGUAUUCACGUAUAACAUUCUCAUCGACGGGCUUUGCAAAGCGUCCAAGACUGACAAGGCGUCGGAGAUGCUCCAUGAAAUGGUGGACAGAGGAGUCACUCCCGAUACGGUGACUUUCAACUCUAUCAUGGACGGGCUCUGCAAGGCUGGAAAGUUUGAGCGUGCUCACAGCUUGCUGGCUGUGAUGGCCGAGAGGAACUGCCGUCCAAGUUGCUGCACUUACAACACACUCAUCAGCGGCCUGUGCAAGCAGCAAAACGUUGACAGGGCGAAAACUCUGGUGGAUGAGUUCGUAAGCAGCGGAUUCGUUCCAGACGUGGUCACUUACUCCAUUCUCGCCGAUGGGCUGUGCAAGAGGGGAAGGAUCGACGAGGCCUUCGAGCUGGUGAAGGAGAUGUCUGGAAAUGGAUGCACUCCAAAUCUAGUGACUUACAACACUCUCAUAGACGGGCUUUGCAAGGCAAGCAAGACGGAGAAGGCUUAUGAGCUACUGGAGACUUUAGUCUCUUCGGGUUUCGUCCCGGACGUAGUGACUUACACAAUCAUUGUGGAUGGGCUUUGCAAGGAAGGCAGGCUGGACAAAGCUCUGAAGAUGGUAGAAGGGAUGCUAAAGCGGGGUUGCACACCCAGCGUCAUCACUUACACAGCUCUCAUGGAAGGCUUGUGUAGGACAGGCCGGGUUGACGAGGCUCAUCACAUUUUCAAAGAGAUGGUGAGCAAGGACUGCACUGCAGAUGCUCUGGCUUAUGUGAGCCUAGUGAAUGGCUACUGCAAAUCAAGCAGGACGAAAGAAGCUCAGAAAGUCGUGGAUGGGAUCCGAGGCACGCCGUAUAUUGAUGUGUACAAUGCCUUGAUGGAUGGCUACUGCAAAGAAGGCCGGCUGGACGAGAUCCCCAACGUUUUCGAAGAUAUGGCCUGCCGAGGCUGCGUCCCGAACAUAAAGACUUACAACAUCGUCAUGGACGGGCUCUGCAAGCAUGGCAAAGUUGACGAGGCGUUUCCCUUCCUCGAGAGCAUGCACUCGGCCGGGUGUGUUCCGGACGUGGUCUCGUACAACAUCAUCAUCGACGGACUGUUCAAGGCGAGCAAGCCAAAAGAAGCUCGUCAAGUCUUGGACCAGAUGAUCCAGGCGGGCAUUCCACCUGACGCUGUCACGUACAACACUCUGAUGGCCCAGUUCUGCAAGGAAGAACGCUUUGACGACGCCGUGGGUAUCCUGAAAAACAUGAUCAAGGCAGGGGUGGAUCCAGACAACGUGACUUACAACACUCUGAUCAGUGGCCUCAGCCAGACGAACCGGCUGGGGGAUGCGUACGAGCUGAUGCACGAGAUGCUGAGAAACGGCUGCGUCGUGAGUGCCUGCACAACUUACAACACUAUCAUCGACAGGCUUUGCAAGGAGGGUUGUCUCAAGCAAGCGCUGCUUCUCAUGGACCACAUGACUGGCCACGGGGUGGAAGCCAACACAGUGACUUACAAUAUCUUUAUCGACAGGCUCUGCAAGGAAGGAAGGCUGGACGAGGCCUCGUCGCUGCUGUCAGAGAUGGACACGCUCAGAGACGAAGUAAGCUACACGACGGUGAUAAUCGGCCUGUGCAAGGCCGAGCAGCUGGACAGAGCCAGCAAGCUGGCCAGGGAGAUGGUGGCAGUGAAAGGACUGUGCAUCACGUCGCACACUUUCAACCUCCUGAUCGACGCUUUCACCAAGACCAAGAGGCUGGACGAAGCUUUGACGUUACUGGAGCUAAUGGUCCAGCGGGGCUGCUCUCCGAGCGUCAUCACGUACAACAUGGUGAUAACUUGCCUGUGCAAGCUCGACAAAGUGGACAAGGCAUGGGAGCUGUUUGACGAGAUGGCAGUGCGCGGGAUCGUGGCUAGCUCGGUCUCGUACACUGUGCUCAUCUAUGGCCUGUGCGGCCAAGGCCGCGGGAAAGAAGCGCUCCAGGUGCUCGAGGAGAUGGCUUCCAGCGAUUGCGAGAUCGAUGAUCUCAAGUGUAGGAAGCUCUACUUGGCUUUGCGAGGACAGGGAAGGGGAGAAGAGGCAGCCGAGCUGUUAAGAAGGAUGACUACCAAAAUGGACUCUUUGUCACUGGAUUGACAUCCACAUCCAGGGUGAGAAGAUUUCAUUCUCAAUAUGUAAGGUUACUAACAUUUGCGUUCCUCUUAAGGAAGUUGACAGUUGCAAGAUGCGCUUCUUUCUCCUUCCACAUCGAGGUAAGAACUUUACAGUGGAUUUUUUUCUUUUCCUUUCCCUUGCUAAGGAGAGUAAAGUGAUCUAAGCUGGAUCAACUCUUGAAUAGCUAAAGAAGUGUAUUUACAGGGGAAGAUGUGGCCCCUCACUCGCAAUUUCAAACAACUUUUGGCCCGUGUUAGUCGUCAUUCCACUCGAAGUUCUCGUCAACUUGGUGCUCGGUGCCGUACGAAACAAACAAAGCCCACAAGGAAUUCGUUAGCGGACUCGCGAGCCUAUGCAACAAAGAAAUACCAGACCGGUUUCCUUUUGCUUUCAAGGAAUUGACUCCAGCCAUCCCCAAAGCUUUCAAGGCAAGGUGCGAAAGUACGAAUGAUCAAGCCAACUUGCAGGGAUUGUAAGUUUUCGUUUUAAAUUCCAUUCUUCCUUUUUAUACUUCUGGAGCGUUCAAUCCACCACUGCCAGGAAGAAACUCAUUUAUGUGGCAUGAUACUUUGGCUUGGCAGAUUUCUUCCGCGCCCUCUUGCUAAAGAGACUGGACGAUUCAAAGGUGUUUAGAAAACGAUUCCCGGGGAAUUGUUUGUUUCUCGAGCACUCGCUAGUGCUCGAUAGUUCUCAUUAGGACAUGAUUCUCUCUCUCUCUCUCUCAAUCUUUUUUUCUCUGGGUUUCUGGUUAACAUGAACAGAGCGUAUGAUUGGCGUCAGCUAGGAAACAGUAGGACUCGUCGCCCAUCAUUUGGACACUGGAAAGAAAGGUGGCGAGGGAAUCUCCGGGAAUCUUAUAGAAUGUUGUCUAUAAUUUAAUAACAAUAAUAAUAAUAAUAAUGUUUUAGUGGGA